UUUCCAUAGCCGCCUAAAGCAACAUUGUCGAAAUUGUGAAUCUAGAGAAGGCAUCGGUGACUCCCAACUACCAAUUGCUCCGGUUCGAAUUGUCGACUUGGCAAGGAGUCUCGUUGCGCAGCGAAAACGGGAGCCGAGUAGCCGCAGAAACUACAGCUGCCUAACGACUCGCCUCCAGUCCUCGUCCCAGUUGCGACACAAAAGUCACACGAAAGAUGGGCUCCGACGAAGAGCACCGUGGCCAGCGGUCACGACGCAGCCGCCGCGACGACCAAGACGAAGAUGAACGGCCCCGUCGAGAACGAGACACCGCAGAUCGCGAUAACCACCGCCGCAGAUGCAGCAAAGACCGCAGCGACACCCAUCGCGACCAUCGCGAUCGCGGCUCAGACAGACCACCGCGCAAGGAACGAAGAAGAUCCAGAUCACGCGACAGACGCGAGACGUCCCGCCGCUCGCGCUCGCCAGACCCUUCUGCGCGGAAACGCUCCCGCUCACGAGACCGCGAUCGCGGCGAUCGCGACAGACACAGGCGGAGGCGAUCCCCUCGUGACGACGACCGCAGCAGCAGAGACAAAGACUCCCGUCGCCGGCGACACCGCGACCGCAGUCCAACCUCCGACUCGGACGACAACUCCAAACCCCCAGAGCGCAAACGCCUCACGGCACCCACAAGCCCCAUCCGCCGCUCGGGGCCCCUCCCGGAUCAAGACGCCUCCUUCGCCGUCUCCAAAGGCGAAGAACCCGAAAAACCAAAAGAAAAACCCAACCUCCGCACAACGGGCCUCCUCGCAGCGGCCUCCAACUCGGUCCAACAAGCCGACGGCACCUCCAUCGCGCUAAAAUACCACGAACCCGCCGAGGCGCGCAAGCCGCCCGCGCGCGACCAGUGGAAGCUCUUCGUCUUCAAGGGGGACGACGUGGUCGACACGGUGGACCUGAACCUGCGGAGCUGCUGGCUGAUGGGCCGCGAGGCGGCCGUGGUGGAUUUCGCGGCCGAGCACCCCAGCAUCAGCAAGCAGCACGCCGUGAUCCAGUUCCGGCACGUGGAGAAGCGGAACGAGUUCGGGGACCGGAUCGGGAAAGUGAAGCCGUACCUGAUUGAUCUCGAGAGCGCCAACGGGACGGUGUUGAAUGGGGACAAGGUUGCCGAGAGUCGGUAUUAUGAGCUGAGGGACAAGGAUGUGAUUAAGCUGGGGCAUAGUACGCGGGAGUACGUGCUCAUGCUGGCGCCGAAGGACUAGAGUCCCGAAAAUGGAGAUUGGCUGUAGCCGUGGGACGGCUUGGGAUAUUCUUUUUGGACGGCAGGGUUCAGAUGCUGUAGGAGUAUGGCUUAUCGUCAACAGAGAUGUAAAUCACCAAUUUCAAGUCACAUGAAGAGAUGAAGCAUCUGGGCGCCACAAUUUUCCUUUAAUCGUACUCUAC